UGUCUUAAUUACAUUAUAAUAUAAUCUGUGUUUAAAAAAGUCUUGUGGAUUUUGGUAAAAUUUCAUUUCACUCAACACAAGGGACAACAAAUAGUAUAUUCAGAAAGUUGAAUUGUCAUCUUAAUACGUAUUGGAAAAAAUUUAAUUAUAUAUGUCAUCCGUUAAACAUCUUUGUUUAUAUUUUAUUUCCAGGCAUAAAAUAGUAAUACGUCUGUGAUAUAAUAAAAAGAUGAGUGAAGGAGAGCCUACAUUGAUCGACAAGUCUGAAAGCAGUUCGUUUGAAGACUUAGCUUCUGCUGCAGCACAUGAAAUCGAAGAAGCGAAACUUGCUGAAGCAGCCGCGACAGAAAAAGAGAAUAAAGUAGACAAACCUCCAGAGGAAUGGCAGGACGUAUUAGGAAGUGGAGCGCUUUUAAAAAAGAUAUUAAAAACAGGUGAUGAGUCAAAUGGAUCUAGACCGCGUAGAAGUGAUAUAUGCAGAAUUAGUUAUGAACUUAAAAUACGAGAUGGCAGUCAAGACUUGAUAGAGAAAAGAGAUCACGUCAAGAUUUAUUUGGGUGACAAUGAGGUCCUUCAGGGGUUAGACUUAGCAUUAACUCUAAUGUAUAAAGGUGAAGUUUGUCUUCUUCAAAUUGCACCAAGAUUCGCAUAUGGAGAAACAGGUCUCAAAACUGGUGAGAGUCUUGGGCUAGUAGGAGAAGUCGACGGGCCGAAAUAUGAGGGAACACCCAUAGGUCCUGAUACAUGGCUCGAAGCUCGGUUAGAAUUACAUGAUUGGACGGAAGAGCCAGACCAUGAGACCUUACCGAUUGCUGAACGAAUGGAAAUUGGUGUACGUCGCCGGUGCCGUGGAAACUGGUGGUAUGGACGCGGAGAAGCCCAGCUAGCGGUCCAAUUGUACCGUCGAGCAUUAGAUGUGUUGGAUGAAAGCGAGGGUGGCAUCACAGACCCCACUCCCUCCGGGGACCUGGAGCCUGCCUCAGACGCUCUACAUGCCUUGCUAGAGGAGCGCCUGCGAGUCCACAACAACAUGGCCGCUGCCCAGCUGAAGGCUGGAGCCUAUGAUGCCGCUUUGCAGGCGGUGACACGGGUACUGAGCUGUCAACCAGACAAUGCAAAGGCUCUCUACCGCAAGGCUCGCAUCCUAUCAUCCAUGGGGCGUACUAACGAAGCCCUAGAGGCGGCCCGGGCGGCUGCCUGCGCAGCCCCCGGGGACUCCGGAGUCCGCAAGGAGCUCACCAAGUGUGAGCAGAAGGCCAGUCGCGACCGGUCUGUGGAACGUCGCUUGGCUCAGAGGAUGUUGGGUGGCGUUGCUGCGCCCUCAUCGUCUCCAGAUAAGAAGCCCUCCAAUACUAAGAUGUUAGUGUGGGGUUCUCUGCUCCUGAGCUUCCUGGUGGGCGUGGCAAGCGUGCUCGUGUACCGGUACAAGAUGCAGGCUCAAUGAUGACACUGCUCGCCUCAAGUUGAUCAGAACAAAAAGGUAACAUGAACGGGAGCGGUGUACCAAGAUUAUAUAAAAUAACUAGCGGUUUAAUUUCAUCAGAUGAUCUUUACUCGUCGAAUAUAUAUUCGAUGCGACGAGUAAAAGGACAAAAAUAAUUUAAAAAAAAGCGAAUAUCAAACAUUUUCCAAAAUAAAAAAUCUUCCAUUUUCCUAUCCUAUGCAGACUAGAUAAAUGCAUUUGUUUUGUAAUAGGUUUUCUGUUCCAGUAUUUUCAUUUCUUAACUGUGAACGGUAUUUGUAAUUUUUUUAAACGUAUUAAAAGGGUUCUAGGUUAGGAUUAGAAUGGUAAAUGACCGUAUAAAGGAUACUUCAGUUCGAUAACUUGACUUUUUCUGCUUUAUGUGUAUUUUAUUUUCUUAGCUUAUUUAUUACUCAGCUUCUUUUUCUUUUAUUGGCAGUGCCAAAGGAAAAUUGUAUUAUACUUACGUUAAGUACCACCCGUAUUUUUACGACCUCCAACGUUUAAUAUGAAUAGUGUGAUAAAUAAAAUUAUUAUACGAGAAACGAACAUUACAUAUUUUUUGAAACUU